AUGGAUGGUGAGAAGAGGCUGAGGACAAUGACUGAGAGGGGUGAGCAGAUGUAUGAGACAAUUAGGGACAGACAUUUAUCUAAGAUAGAUGAAUCCUGGAAUAGUCUUGGAUUACAGAUUAACUGUGAUGUUGAUAUUCUGUCUCUUCGUCGGGAAGAAAGGGAUCUUAUGAAGAGAACUGACUAUUUUUACACGUUGUGUACUGCUUACCAAAUGUUUCUUGAGAGGAACAAUACUUCUAUGAGUAGGAAUGAUCUACAGGAUUUCUUACUUGACUUUGAUGAGCGUCGCGACUUCAUCGAAGAGGCCAGGACUACAGUAGAUAAUGCCAUCCAAAAGCAGUUAGAGACAGUAUCUGAUCAGGUGAAAAAGGAACAGAUGAGUGUUGCAGGAAGCAAACGAUCAGGAGGAUCGUCCACUUCUGUACGUUUAAAGGCAGAAGCCGCUAAACUGGAGCUAGAGUUUGCAGUUAAGGAAAGCCUUGUAAAGAAGAAACAAGCUUUAUUGGAAGAGGAAGAAAGAAUAAGACUUGCAAGAGUUACUCGACAGAAGAAGGAUCUUGAGACAGAGCUUGAUGUUUUGAGACGGGAAAAGGUAGUGGUGUCAGCUAUGGCUAAUAUGGAGGCUGAUGCAGAGCUUGUUGGUUUGCCUCAACAGGAUUCAAUCGAGAGGACACAGCAGUACGUCGAACGAUGUGCUAACCUAGAAGCUACUGACGAUGCAAGAGGUCAACAGACACGUCCACCUAUUGACCCGACGGCAGGGUUUAGCAAGUACAUGUUGAGGAGAGACUUACAGAUGUCACGUCUGCGGAGCUACGAUGACAGACCAGAGACUUACAACUGCUGGAAAUCAAAUUUCAAGGAUGUGCUGAGGGACCUUGAUGUCACUGCUGCAGAGGAGAUGGACCUGCUUAUUAGGUGGCUCGGUCCCGAGUCAGGGAAGCAGGCACAGGGUAUCAGGGUAUCUUGUACUGCAGAUCCAGUGCUUGGUCUGCAGAAGAUUUGGGACAGACUUGAUGAACGUUAUGGCUCACCAGAGUUGAUAGAGAUUAACUUGAGAAAGAGACUUGGUAGUUUUCCUAAGUUAACUUUGAGAGACAAUGAUAAACUGUAUGAGCUGGCAGAUUUAUUGUCUGAAAUUGAGUGUUUAAAACUGUGUGAUAAGUACAGGUCAUUGCUUGCAUACUUUGAUUCUGCUGUUGGUGUUUUGCCCAUUGUAUCUAAACUACCAUUUAGCUUUCAGGAGAAAUGGAGAUCCACAGCCUUCAAGUAUAAGGAAGAUCACAGGGUUCCCUUCCCACCAUUCAGCUUUUUUGUGAACUUCAUCAAGGAACUAAGCCGUAUCCGCAACGAUCCAAGUUUCUUCGUGGAACAGGCAAAUCUGAAAGAAGAGAAGCCAUCCUACGACCAGAACAAAUCAAGACCCAGAGUAGCGUCGAAGAAAGUGGAGGUAACAUCUCGGUAUGACACUAUGAAACCAGUUUGUCCUUUUCAUAAUACAAAUCAUCCUUUGAAUCAAUGUAGGGCAUUCAGCACUAAAACCUACAAGGAAAGAAAAGACUUUCUCAAGAAACAUGGCUAUUGCUACAGAUGUUGUAUGAAUAACAAACACUUGGCUAGAAACUGUAGAGAGGAAAUUAAAUGUGGAAUAUGUGGCACAUCUAAACAUCCUACAUUCCUGCAUUUUGAGUAUUCUUCAGCACAAUCUGAGGACAGAACUUUACAGGAGAACGGUGGGGAGAAACAGAAGGACCAGGUGAUCUCCAAGUGUUCACAGAUCUGUGGAAAGACUUUUGGGGGUAAAUCUUGCUCUAAGACAGUCUUAGUGAGGGUAUAUCAUAAGGACAAGCCAGAAUUAUCAGUAAAGGUUUAUGCUAUUCUGGAUGACCAGAGUAAUGUCACACUCGCUCGCCCAGAACUAUUUGAUCUCCUGAAGGUUGACACCGAUGACAUUCAGUACACAAUUUCCUCAUGUACAGGAACUUCAGACACCUAUGGUAGAAGAGCUUCUAACUUAGUAGUUGAAUCAUUUGACAGAUCACACACUCUUGAUGUUCCACAUGUCAUUGAAUGUCCUCAGGUACCAGAUAUGAGGGAAGAAAUUCCAACACCAGAGAUAGUUCUCAGUUAUCCACAUCUACAGGAUGUCCAGAUUCCCCAACUUGACAAUGACGCACAAAUAUUGUUGUUAAUAGGUCGAGACGUCAUUGAAGCACACCAUGUCUUGGACCAGAAGAUUGGACCCAAAGGUUCCCCUUAUGCACAGCUGCUUGCUUUAGGGUGGGUCGUGAUAGGAGAGACAUGCCUCGGGAAGGUUCACCGACCCAACCAUGUGACAGUCAACAAGAUAUACAUCUCAAGGACAGGACAGGAUCAUCGGGGAUCUGUUUUUCAUCCAUGCCCUAAUAACCUUUAUGUGGAAAAGGUUAGCUCGAUUUUUGAGGUCACAAAGGAUGACAAUAAACAGGGUAAGUCAAUGGAAGACAUAGAUUUCUUACAGAUAAUGGACAAUGAGAUGACUAUGGGUCCCGAAGGAUUCUGGACAGCACCCCUGCCAUUCAAGCCAGAGAGACGUCGUCUUCCAGGUAACAAAUCACAGGCUUUUCAUCGAGCAUAUUCACUGGACAGGAGUCUUCAGAAAGAUCCCAUAAAACGCGCCCACUUCGUAGACUUUAUGAAGAAAAUCUUUGACUCAAACCAUGCAGAACUGGCACCACCAUUAGAGGAUGGUGAGGAACAUUGGUAUCUACCAAUUUUUGGAGUGUAUCACCCCAAGAAACCCGAUCAGAUAAGGGCAGUCUUUGACUCUUCAGCAGUGUGUGAUGGUAUAUCAUUGAAUAAUGUACUUUUGCAGGGCCCAGAUCUCAUGAACAGUCUUCUUGGUGUGUUGUUGAGGUUCAGGAAAGAGGAAGUGGCAGCAAUGGCAGACAUUCAAAGUAUGUUUCACUGUUUUCAAGUCAAAAAGGAACAUAGGAAUUUCCUACGUUUUUUCUGGUAUGAGGAUAAUGAUCCUUCCAAAAGGCUCACCGAAUACAGGAUGAGAGUUCACGUGUUUGGCAACAAACCAUCCCCAUCAAUAGCGACAUAUGGACUGAAGAAAGCAGCCACUCAAGGUCAAGACAUUUAUGGCCUCGAUACUAAGACUUUCAUUGAAAAUGAAUUUUAUGUAGACGACGGUUUGACGUCAUGUCCAACCCCAGAGGAAACAGUAGAUCUCUUAAAGAGAACACAGAAAUCCCUACAGGAAAAUGGAAAUCUCAGGCUUCACAAGGUUGUCUCUAACAGCAGUGUUGUAAUGAAAGCUUUUCCUCAAGAGGAUCUGGCCAAGAACUUGAUGAAUUUGGAUUUAAGGACAGACAGCUUUCCCCUUCAAAGAAGUUUAGGAAUGCUAUGGAACAUCAACACAGACACUUUCACUUUUCGUUCAUCUAGAGAGAUGAAACCAUGCACUAGAAGAGGCGUGCUGUCAACAGUCCAUAGUAUUUUUGACCCCCUUGGAUUCAUCGCACCUAUUGUCAUUCAAGGGAAGCAAAUCCUGCAGGACAUAGCGAGAGACAAGUACGAUUGGGAUGAUCAGUUGGAUUUAGGUAAGGUAUCAGAAUUUAAAAAGUGGAGGGAUUCUCUUAUACUACUGGAGGACGUAAACAUCUCUCGUAUGUUUGUUCCUUCAUCAUUCAGACAUUCAGUCAAGAAGGAGAUUCAUAUUUUUGCAGAUGCCUCUGAGAAAAGCAUAGCUGCUUCAGCGUACCUUCGUACUGUAGAUAAAAAUGGCGUAUCCCACAAUGGGUUCAUUUUGGGAAAGGCUAAGGUAGUCCCAAGUCAUGCUCAUACUAUACCCAGGUUAGAGCUCUGCGCUGCUGUAUUAGCGGCAGAUGUUGCUGACUGUGUGUCCAGGCACCUGAAUUUACCACUAGACUCUGUACACUACUAUACGGAUAGUAAGAUUGUGUUGGGUUAUAUCCGGAACACAUCCAAGAGGUUUACCAUUUAUGUAUCCAAUCGGAUUCAGAAGAUCAGGAGAAUAUCUAUGCCAGAUCAGUGGAUCUAUAUACCAUCUGACAUGAACCCUGCAGAUGUUGCUACCAGACCUGUGUCGAUGACAAACUUUGGAGAAAAUAAAUGGCUUAAAGGUGUACCACACUUUCUUGACAGAACAGGGAAAAUGCAGCUUCAAGAGGACCAAUCAGAGUUUGAAGAGGUUGUUACAGCUGUAGCAACAAAAGUUCAUGUAGGUCAAUCCUUAAGAUCGGAAAGAUUUGAGAGGUUCUCAGAUUGGAAAUCUCUGGUAAGGGCUAUUUCAUUCCUGAAGAUGUUCAUUGCUACCAGGAAACCGGAUUCAUUUAAAUUAACCCCUACAGAUGUAUUCAGAAAUGCAGAGAUUUUCAUCAUACAGGAGGUACAGAUGGAACAUUUCAGGACGGAAAUAGACUGUGUAAGGUCCGGGUCAAGGAUUCCAUCUAACAGUACAAUUCUGUCGCUAAACCCAUAUCUAAAUGAAGACGGACUCUUGUGUGUCGGAGGUCGUUUGCGUUAUUCACAGAUUGAUGUAAAGCAGAAAACACCAGUCAUCAUUCCUAAAGGACAUGUUGCAGUACUGCUAGUCAGACAUUACCACGCAGAGGUACGGCAUCAGGGACGUCACUUUACAGAGGGAGCAGUCAGAGCAGCUGGAUACUGGGUACUAGGGGGCAAGAGACUCAUCUCUUCAACCAUACACAAGUGUGUCAAGUGUAGGAAGAUGAGGAAAAGGCCAGCCACGCAGCUUAUGGCUGAUCUUCCAAGUGACCGUCUCACACCUUCUCCUCCUUUCACAUUUACUGGCGUUGACACAUUCGGACCUUGGACUGUGGCAUCAUGA